AUGACGGACUCGCCGUUCCUGGGGCUGUGGCGGUCCAAGGCAGCGGCGGCGGCGGCGCCCCGGGACCGGCUGGGCAUCCGGGAGCACCCCAACGACUCCUACUGCUACAACUCGGCCAAGAACAGCACCGUGCUGCAGGGCGUGCCCUUCGGCGGCGUGCCCGUGGUGCUGCUCCUGGACGUCAGCUGCUUCCUGUUUUUAGUAUUGGUGUUCUCCGUCAUACGGAGGAGAUUCUGGGACUAUGGCCGCAUUGCCCUGGUGUCAGAAGCCGGCAGUGAGUCCAGGUUCCAGAGACUGUCCUCGUCGUCUUCCUCCCAAACGCCACACGAUUUUGAAAGUGAUCUGGGAUGCUGCCCCUGGCUCACCGCCAUCUUCCGGCUGAACGACGACCAGAUCCUGGAGUGGUGCGGUGAGGAUGCCAUCCACUACCUGUCCUUCCAGAGGCACAUCAUCUUCCUGCUGGCCGGGGUCAGCUUCACGUCCCUGUGCGUCAUCCUGCCCGUCAACCUCUCGGGCAACCUGCUGGAGAAAGAUGCUUACAGCUUCGGGAGGACCACGAUCGCGAACCUGCAGACCAACAACGACCUGCUCUGGCUGCACACCGUCUGCGCCGUCGGCUACUUGUUCCUCACCCUGGGCUUCAUGCGGCAUCACACCCAGUCCAUCAAGUGCAAGGACGAGAGCCUGGUGCGGCGGACCCUCUUCGUCACGGGGCUGCCCAGGCUGGCCACCAGGGACGCGGUGGAGAGCCACUUCCGGGACGCGUACCCCACGUGCGAGGUGGUGGAGGUCCAGCUGUGCUACAACGUGGCCAAGCUCAUCUACCUGUGCAAGGAGAGGAAGAAGACGGAGAAGAGCCUCACCUAUUACUCAAACCUGCAGCUGAAGACAGGCCAGCGGGCCCUCAUCAACCCCAGGCCCUGCGGCCAGUUCUGCUGCUUCGAGGAGGACGCCAUCUCCUACUACACCGGCCUGAAGGAGCGGCUGAUGGAGCGGAUCACGGAGGAGGAGUCCCGGGUCCAGUUCCAGCCGCUGGGCAUGGCCUUCGUCACCUUCCAGGAGAAGUCCAUGGCCACCUACAUCCUGAAGGACUUCAACGCCUGCAAGUGCCAGGGCCUGCGGUGCCAAGGGGAGCCCCAGCCGUCCUCCUGCAGCCGGGAGCUCUGCAUCUCCCAGUGGACGGUCACCUUUGCCACCUACCCCGAGGACAUCUGCUGGAAGAACCUCUCCGUCCAGGGCUCCCGCUGGUGGCUCCAGUGGGUGGGCAUCAACUUCGUCCUCUUCGUGGUGCUCUUCUUCCUGACCACGCCCUCCAUCAUCCUCUCCACCAUGGACAAGUUCAACGUCACCAAGCCCAUCCACGCGCUCAACGACCCCGUCAUCAGCCAGUUCUUCCCGACCCUGCUCCUCUGGUCCUUCUCCGCGCUGCUGCCGUCCAUCGUCUACUACUCCACGCUGCUGGAGUCCCACUGGACCAAGUCCGGGGAGAACCGGAUCAUGAUGACCAAGAUCUACAUCUUCCUCAUCUUCAUGGUGCUGAUCCUGCCCUCGCUCGGCCUCACCAGCUUGGACUUCUUCUUCCGGUGGCUCUUUGACAAGUCCUCCCCGGACACCUCCAUCCGGCUGGAGUGCGUGUUCCUGCCGGACCAGGGCGCCUUCUUCGUGAACUACGUCAUCGCCUCGGCCUUCAUCGGCACCGGCAUGGAGCUGCUGCGGCUGCCGGGCCUCAUCCUCUACACCGCGCGCAUGGUCAUGGCCAAGACCGCCGCCGACCGUCGCAACGUCAAGCAGAACCAGGCCUUCGAGUUCGAGUUCGGAGCCAUGUACGCAUGGAUGCUGUGCGUGUUCUCCGUCAUCAUGGCCUACAGCAUCACCUGCCCCAUCAUCGCGCCCUUCGGCCUCAUCUACAUCCUGCUCAAGCACAUGGUGGACCGGCACAACCUGUACUUCGCCUACCUCCCCGCCAAGCUGGAGAAGAGGAUCCACUUCGCGGCUGUGAACCAGGCCCUGGCUGCCCCCAUCCUGUGCCUCUUCUGGCUCUUCUUCUUCUCCUUCCUGCGCCUGGGCUGGACGGCCCCCGCCACCCUGUUUAACUUCCUGGUCCUGCUGCUCACCAUCCUGGUCUGCCUGGGCUACACCUGCUUCGGCUGCUUCAAGCACCUCAGCCCUCUGAACUACAAGACUGAGGAGCCGGCCGAGGACAAGGGAAGCGAGGCCCUGGCCCACGUGCCCCCUCCGUACACGCCCUACGUGCCCCACAUCCUGAACGCCAUGGCCUCCGAGCGCACGGCCCUGUCCCCGCAGCUGCAGCAGACCUACGGGGCCGUCCGCAACAUCAGCGGGACCGUCCCGGGGGCCCAGGGCCCGGCCCAGAGCCCCGCCGACAGCGUGGCUGCCGCCCAGCAGGAGGUGUGA